AUGCAGACAUCGGCCGAUGCUCGCACUCAAGUACUCGGUGCCUUCGACAAUCUUCCAGAGAUUUUCUCCGAAACUGAGUCAUUACUGUCAUCAUUUUUGGAGAGCCAGACUGUGAGGAAUGCCGCGAUUGACUUGACGGUGGCUGUUCUUUGUGCUGUUGAAAACACAAUUGCAUUUUUCAGCACCUCGAGAGGAAAGAGAUUGGCCAAAAGUGUCUUUGAAGGCUCCGAAUACAUCAAAGACUUGAAAGAAUCGUUCAAGUCCAUUGAGGAAAAGAUUACCACCCUUCGAACAAAAAGCAGCACCGCGAAUUAUGCGGCCUCUCGGCAACAUAGGCAACGUAUUGAAACGAAGGCUGACUUAAUACAUAAGGAUGUACGACGAACUGAAAAGAAGACUGACUUAUUGCAUAACGAAAUGCUUAGUCUGAUGAAUGAAUAUAGCAAAAAGCAGAGUGCUCAAUUGGCACGAGAGAAAGAAAAGAAUGUGCACCUCCAUGCUGAGAUUGAGAUACUACGCUCCAGAUCACCAAGUCCGAAUGCUCUCAUUUUGGUGCAGCAGCAAGACGAUAUAUCUAAGACAUACCUCGAUGAAAAGGAGCUGCAAAAACUCCUCGAUGUUGAAAAUACGGACGUCGACCUGAGGUUUAUUAACCAGCGAAAGGCUCAUCUUCAGGCCGAAGAACUAUCACGCGCUGAACAACUAGUCAACGACAGGAAAUUCCGCGCUUGGUUCAUGUCGCUCCAGUCAGGAAAGCUCCUUAUCCUGUGGAAUCAAAGCCAGCCAAAAACCCAUGCAGGCAUCUCCCCUAUAUCAGCCUUCUGCGCCUCGCUAGAGCCCAUGUUCAAUUCACACGACCGAUUCAUCUGUCUUACAUGGUUCUGUGGCCUUCAUUCCAAACAUGGAAACGAUGAAGCCCGAGCGAUGCUUGCUAGCCUGAUCAGUCAAUUAUGCCAACAACACUGCUUCGAUUUCGGGCGAGAGUAUGCGGAUACCAACAAAAGGCUUAUAAGAGAACGUGAUCCAAGAGAGCUGUUCACACUCCUCUACCGGCUUAUAAGCUCAUUACCGAGGAACAUCACCCUCGUGAUACUAGUUGAUGAAGCAUACAUCUACGAGCGCGAUGGAUUCCAGGACGAGCUUAGCAUAUUUAAUGAGCUAUUGGAACUGGUAAAUGAAGCAGCGACUCAAAGUGUCAUAAAACUGCUCUUUACAAGCACUCGAAAGGUUACUUUCUUGAACGAAGCGUUCAAGCAGGGAGGGCUAACCCUACAUGUUGAGAACGCAGCACAUCAGAGAGGGGGGCCAUCUAAAAGACGCAUGAGGCGACAGAUGAGACCAGCUUUUGAUGAAAAGGGACUUGGGGAGAAUAAUGAGGAAGGCGAAUAA